AUGAACCUGUUAACACCUUAUAGUCUUACAGCUUUGUUAGCCGUAGCAUCACUAGCCGAUAUGCUGCAGGUGCAAGAGGAAAAAGACUCUAAUUCAUCCGUUUCAAUUCUAGAAAAACGAACAUUUCCAUAUUUUGCAUAUUUUAUGACAUCAAUCCGGUCGGUAAUCGCUUACUUCAAUGUACCGGAGCCAAUUACAGUAAAGUUAGUUUGGUGGGAAGCUUUAGUUGCUGGCGACGGCAGUUUAAUUGAUAUGGUUACAUAUAUUGAGAAUGCAUGUAGGUCAUGCAUGCUUAAUCAUAAAUAUGCCCCUGUUGGUUCUUGCAAAGAUGAUACAACAGCUACCGUCAAGAGUAUUUUGCAGAAUUCAUUGAUAGGAUUCAUAGGAUGGUACUUACCAAAAUUAAUCGCUUUCAUUCCUAAUUUAAAUCGCUCAGACAAGAAAUAUCCUAACCCACUUGUUUCGUUUCUGGAAAAAGGUGCAUUUAUGUUGUACACCUAUGCAUUAGCAGGUAUUAAGAAACUAUUCGGAUAUUUCACUAGACCUUUGCCAAUUUGGGUAAAAACCGGGUGGUGGGCGGCUUUCGUUAUUGCAGAUGGCAUUAUAUUUGGUAGGGCUACCCAAAUAGAGAACGCAUAUAAUUCAUGCGGCGUCAAAUAUAAAGAUCUGCCUGGUGGAUCUUGUCAGGAUGAUAUAUUAAUUGUAGUACACGGUAUUGUGGAAAUAUUUGUCUUAGCGGUCAUGGUAAGAAACUUACCAAAGUUAAUUGACUUAAUUCGCAAAAAGUACCGUACCAGUCAUGGUGCUGCAAAAUGA